GCUUUUGCUGCAUCCAUCCUCAAGAUGGUUUGGAAAUUUGACACAUUAUUGGCUGAUAUAGAAUCAAAGUAUCGGAUUAAUAAUUCUGUAUCUCAAGAUCAAGACACGUAUAUUUCCCUUUUACAGCUUCGAAAUCAUAUUUCCCUUCAUUUAUAUGAAUUUAAGAUCGUUUAUGAUUUUUUUGAAAAGCAUCUUUCGCACGAUUUUCUUAACAGGUUGUUGGAUAUUUCUGAUCAAGGCCAAUCAGAUGUCACUGUUUCAACACAUCUUUACUCAUCUUGUGAAAUUGCAUAUAAAAUACUAUCUGGGUUAUUUAAUGAAAUUGUUCAUCACCAGAUAUCAGGGAAUAAAAAAAUAUUUAUCAUGUUGGGAGAACACCUUGAUAAUUCACUUGUACCUUAUAUUCGUAUGAUUGAUGAAUGGAUUUGUACAGGGACAUUAAAUGAUCCCGUGAAUGAAUUCUUUUUUGUAAGGUCUCAAACGAUAAAUAAUACAUCGUCACAGUACUGGCAGGAAAUGUAUAAGAUCCGAGAGGCUCGUGUUAUAAUUGAUAAUGUUGAAUCAGUCCAGUUAUUAUUGCCACCUUUUUUGGAACCUUUAAUAAGUCGCAUUUUAUUCUGUGGGAAAGCGCAAAAUUUACUAAUGUCUUUAAAAACGGGAAAGGUAGAUAUUAGAGAGUACAUGUUGUCUCUACAACGUAAUUCUGAGGAAUUUGUUCUUGAUAUAGAGUCAUUACGUUUAUUCGGUGGAAAAUUAAAUAACAAUGAUGAAGCACACUCAGAUAAUGAAGUUGAAAUUGAUGAAGCACACUCAGAUAAUGAAGUUGAAAUUGAUAAAGCAUACUCAGAUAAUGAAGUUGACCAUAAUCACUCAGAAAAUAAAAAUGAUGCUCACUCAGAUAAUGAAAUAGAAAUUGAUGAAACUCACUCAGAUAAUGAAGUUGAAGUUGAUCAUAAUCACUCAGAUAAUAAAAUUGAUCAUAAGUUGUCAGUGGUAGAAAAUACUUCAUCUAAUGGAAUUGAUUAUAAACUACCAGAAAUGGAGAGUCUCUCUGAUUUUAAUGGCAUUAUCGAUGCUUUCCCUAAGACAAUAUCAACCUUGUUUCCUCUUUGGCAGUCAUCUACAGAAAAAAAAGAGGAUGUGGAAAUGGGAUUAGAAGAAAUAAAUGAUAUGCUCAUCUUUCAACCUUUUAAUGAGCGAUUAAAAGAACGAUUUGAGGGUUAUAUUCAGCCCAGAUAUGAACAAAUCGGUCGACAACUUUAUGAUGCAUUGGUUGAGAAAUGUCGUUUAUGGAAGCAUUUACGUUCUCUUGCAGGGAUAUAUUUCAUGCAGCAAGGGGAAUCAAUGCACCUGUUAUGUGAUGUUUUAUUUGAGAGGAUAGAUAAAAAACAAAUGUGGUAUGAUAGAUAUAUCUUCAAUGAUAUUUUUCUGAAUACAGUGAGAAAAUGGAAAUGGUUGGAUGGAGGUUUGGUCAGCGCGUGGAUAGAUGACGUACCUGGAAAAAGGCCUGACAUCACCACUGUGAGAGUAUUUGAAAAAAUUGUUAUUGAGUAUCGAAUACCAUGGCCUAUUAACAACAUAAUACAAAGUAAAGCUCUACAAUACUACAAGCGCAUAGUGGUUUUUUUGCUCCAAGUGAAGCGGGCCAAGUAUCUUCUGGAGCGUUUAUCGUUUUCGCGCUUAAAUAGAAACAAUGAAAUGUCAGACAAAACAACCGCCAUGGUCUUGUUUUAUGGCGUUAGAAUUAAAUUGAUAUGGUUUUUGAAUACAAUAUGGGAUUAUGCGAUGAGAAAUAUAUUGCUUUCGGAAACGGAAAAAUUUUACAAGAAGUUAGAAAAAGUUUUUGAUGUUGAUGAGAUGGUUUCUUUGCACAGCCACUAUAUUAACGCUGUACAUGAUCGAUGCUUGCUUAGUGAUAAGACAAUUCCUAUCCAUAAAUCUAUAUUAGAUGUUCUCGAUUUGACAAUUCAGUUCAGUACACUUUACACACAUUAUCAAGGAGACAAUGUAUCUUUUUAUGAUCACUCACGCGAUGACAAAUCAAAGAGAGACGAAAAUACAUCUGACUCUGACUCUGACACAUUCCUAACAGACGAAGACGAUGAUAUUGAACCUAUUAUACCUGAACAAGUGGAUUAUGAAACGUUUCUUGAAGGCUUAAGCAGAAUUGAUAAAGAGUUUAAUAGAAAUAAAGAGUUUAUAAGUAAUUCUGUUCAGAUAAUUGCUCGAGUUGGUGGAUUCUGGUGGUUCGAUGCCUUGGCAUUAGCACUAGGCUAA